AUUAAUUAUGAAUGUUAAGUUGAUAAACUAAGCUUUGUACCUUCUUCCUAUGUUAAGUGUAACAUUUCUUCUUACCGAGGUAGUGGCCGCUGUAGAAGAAAGCUACGCGAAUCAUGGAUUGGCUUAGACAUAGCUUUUCGAGGAGUUCAAGAAAUAGCAAAAGCCCAAAUACCCAAACACAAUCGAAUUCCAAAGGACGAAAAGAAGAAGAAGAAGAAGAACGCAUAUAUGGGAUUACUGAGGAACUCAUAAACCACGUGAAGUCCUUCACCGUUGACACGUUUAAGAAUUUCCCUCUCCAAGAUGAAGAUGAAGCCACUUAUGGUGAAGAAGCUCAAUCCACUUCAAACAAAGUUCGAACUGAUCUCUCUCAGUGGCAAGAGAAACAUGCAACCCUCAUACUCUCUAGAGUCAAGGAAAUAUCUCAACUGAGAUAUGUACUAUGUCCUCGACAUUUGAAGGAAAAGCAAUUCUGGAAAAUAUACUUUAAGCUUGCCAGGAGUCAUGUUGUCGAAUAUGAGCUACGCGCUGUACAACAGGAGAAACUGAAACGGAUGGCAAUGGAGGAUGAGAAAUCUUCCGAUAACAGCCCGUAUGAAGUUGAAAUGGCAGAAGCAAAGCAUGGAAACUUUAUAGAGCCUACGUCACCCUCAUAGAAUGAAAGCACUUAACAAUGGUUGGUAGCAUGAAUAGAACAGAACAAAAUGGUGCUGGAUCUUUAGAAACCUCUGAAGGUGUGGUUCUUGGUUAUAGAGGCAAGAAAUUUCUUUAACUGAAAAGUUUAGAGAUGCCAGAAAAUCAAAACGUUUACAACUAAAUCACUCUAGCACAUGACUCAGCUUGCCUUUAUUUUGUUUGGACAUGCUUCAUGAAUGUCAUUGGCACAAAUGUUAAAUUUGACAAAUUAAUUUUGUGUCUGAUAUUUGUCCCUUCUCAUCAUUUUUAUCAUCGUAGACAAAUGAAUAUACAAAAUCUGUGUGACAUUGAUGUUAGAUACCAUAAUUGUUGAGAAUUGCUUAUUUACAAAUUUUAUUUCAUAGCU